AUGACUUCAGCAGCUGCGUAUCUGGUAUUGGCAAGCGAGAAUUCUAUCAACAAACCCGUACUAGAUGAUCGUCAAUAUCGGUAUAUCAAGUUGAAUAAGAAUGGUCUCAAAGUAUUAUUAAUCAACGAUCCCGCCACUGAUAAAGCAGCGGCUGCUUUAGAUGUUCAUGUGGGCUCCUUUGCUGAUAAAGAGUAUGAUAUCCAUGGAUUAGCCCAUUUCUGUGAACAUUUGUUGUUCAUGGGAACUGAAAAGUACCCUAAAGAGAAUGAAUAUUCUAGUUAUUUGGCCCAUCAUCUGGGACAUUCUAAUGCCUUUACCGCUUCAGAACACACAAACUAUUUUUUUGAAUUAAGUAGUGAUCAUUUGGAAGGAGCUUUGGAUAGAUUCUCCCAGUUCUUUAUUAGUCCCUUGUUUAGUCCAAGUUGUAAAGAGAGAGAAAUUAAAGCUGUGGACUCAGAAAACAAAAAGAAUUUGCAAAGUGAUGUAUGGAGAUUAUACCAAUUAGAUAAACUGUUAUCCAAUAAGAAGCAUCCUUAUAAUUCCUUUCUGACAGGGAAUUAUGAAACAUUGCAUGAGAUUCCUCUAAGUGAAGGCCGUAAUGUUAGAGAUGUGCUUUUAGAUUUUUAUGAACUGCACUAUCUGGCCAAUUUGAUGAGCUUGGUCAUUUUGGGUACUCAAGAUUUGGAUACUUUAACCAAAUGGGCCGUGGAAAAGUUUGAAGAUAUUCCAAAUAAAGACUUCCCUGCUCCAAAUUAUAAUGGAGAAGCACUUUUUACUAAAGAUCAAUUAUCAAAACUUAUUCAGGCAAAACCCAUCAUGGAUACUCACAAAUUGGAAGUAGUGUUUUUGAUCCCAGAUGAUCAGGAUAAGUAUUGGGAUAGUAAACCUUCAAGAUACCUUUCACAUUUAUUGGGUCAUGAAAGUGAAGGUUCAUUAUUAUAUUUCCUUAAGAAUAAAUUAAAUUGGGUUAAUGGACUUUCUGCUGGGAAUAUGAAAGUAUGUCAAGGUACUUCAUUGUUUUAUGCUGAAUUUGAAAUGACUCCACAAGGUUUAAACAAUUGGCAACAAAUCUUGGUCCAUUUGUUUGAGUAUUUGAAAUUGGUUUGUACUGAAACUGACCCUCAACAAUGGUUAUUUGCUGAGUUGGCAAAUAUGUCUGAAAUUAACUUCAAAUUCAGACAAAAACAAGCGGCAUCUAAAACUGUUUCACUGUUGGCUAAAUCCUUAUGGAAGUUUGGUGAUUUAGUUCCAAGUAAUCACAUUUUGGAUGAAACAAUAUUAAGAGAAUUUGAUGCUGAUAAAAUCAGAGAAUAUGCAAGUUAUUUCACAGCUGAUAAUUUUAGAGCUGUUUUGACUUCCCAAACUUUAGAAGAUUUAGAUUCCAAGGAAAGAUGGUAUGGUACUGAAUAUUCAUAUAAAGAUUUACCUUCUGAAUUGGUUACCAAAAUCCGUGGUGUUGAAGUCAAUGACAAUUUCCAUUUGCCUAUACCUAAUGAAUUUAUUCCAGAAAACUUUGAAGUGAAAAAGAGGAAAGUUGAUACGCCCACACGGCAUCCGUUUGUAAUCGAAGAUAACAAUAAAUUCCAAAUUUGGUUCAAGCAAGAUGAUCAAUUUGAAGUCCCCAAGGGUACCAUUGAAUUAUUCUUCCAUCUACCACCUUCUAACAAUGAUCCUGUUAGUUGGUUAUACACCAUUUUAUACUGUCAAUUGAUAGAAGAUUCGUUGGAUAACAUCCAUUACUAUGCUUCUAUUGUUGGUUUAGGAUUUCUGUUAAGACCUUGGAGAGAUGGAUUUGUGUUGAAAGUUCAUGGGUACAAUGAUAAAUUGCCUCUCUUGUUAUAUAAAGUCAUUGACAAGAUGAUUGAGGAAUUCACGCCAAAAAAGGAUAGAUUUGAGCUGAUUAAAUUCAAGGUUUCUCAGGCAUUAAAGAACUCUGGGUUUGAAGUGCCAUAUGCUCAAAUUGGAAACCACUUUCUCACUUUGGUAAAUGACAAAACAUAUACUUCUCCUGAGAAAAUUGAGGCAUUGGAAUCAGAAGUUACCUUUGAUGGAUUGGUGGAGUUUGCUUCUAAGAAGCUUUAUUCACAAGGUAUGUUUACCGAAGGUCUUAUUUUGGGUAAUUUUGGUAUUGAUGAUGCCAGAAAUAUCUCAGGUGUUGUUUCAAAGAAAUUGGAACGGUUUGACAAGAUUGCCUCAACUUCUGAAGAAAUUGAAUCUUUAAUCAAACUUCAAACUCACACAUUACCUGAAGGUGAAAUAGUAAGAUUUGAAGAGUUUUUACCCGAUGAGAAUAAUAUUAACUCUUGCAUUGAGUACUAUUAUCAAAUUGACUCAACGUUGUUAAACAAUGAUAAACUUAAAAUUCUUGAUGAUUUACUUGCAACAAUUAUCCAUGAACCAUGUUUCAAUCAAUUGAGAACAAAGGAACAAUUGGGAUAUGUUGUUUUUAGUGGAGUCAGAUCAACAAGAACUACUUUAGGAUUCCGUAUUUUGAUCCAAAGUGAACGUGAAACCGAUUAUUUGGAAUAUCGUAUUGAAGAAUUUUUAACAGUUAUUUUUAACCGCUAUGUUAAUGAAGUCAUGACUGAUGAUGAUUUUCAUAAAUUUAAACAGGCCUUGAAGGAUAAGAAAUUGACCAAGUUGAAAAACUUGAGUGAGGAGUUUGGAAGAUUCUGGAAUGGUAUAACUGAUGGUUAUCUUGAUUUUGAAAGUCGUUGGAGGCAUGUUGAUUUGUUGCUGACGAUUACCAGAACUGAUUUCGUUGAUUUUUACAAUAAUGUAAUUUUAAAAUCCAACAAACCAAAGCUUAUUGUUCAUUUGAAACUGCACAAACCUCCAAAGGUUACGGAAUUGAAACAAGUUCAAAGUUCCAUCCAUAACUUUGUUUUCCGUAGAGGUCUUGAAUACAACGAUGUGGAGUUGAACAAAAUCAUUGAUGAAAGCUUGAGUGAUCAUUCUGAGCUUUCAGUAAAAGUUGCAAAACAACUUGGUGAUGAGUCAUUGAGUGACGAUAUCCUCUCUACAUUAAAGUCUGAGCUUGUUACUCCUGUGCCAGUGAAAUACCCUCAAGGCAAAUUAGUUGCAUCUCAUUGGGAUUUCAAGGCCACCUACGCUAAGGGUGGCAUUCCCAAGGCAAUUGCACCAUUAAGCAGUUUCUAUUAUCUCGAAUCAGAUGCUCAUUUAUAG